UGCUAGGAGACCACCGCGCAGGCGCAGAGGGGUAGCGCGGCAGCGCGGCAGGUGGUUUCCGGCCGAGGCGCUGAGGGGAGGCGGUGCGGUUGGACUUCGACCUCGACCCCGACCUGUUCCUUUCCUCUCUUGAUGUCCGAGGGCCUUUCUGUUCCGGUACCGCAGCCUUUCCUCGCUAUGGAGGCAGAGGAUGACUUGGAUGAUCCAGAGAGAUUAAUACCGUGUCCAUAUAAUAAGCAACAUCAAAUCAGAGCCUGUCGUUUUCCCUAUCACCUUGUAAAGUGCAGGAAGAGCCACCCUGAAGUUGCAAAGUUAUUGGCCACAUGCCCAUUCAAUGCUCGCCAUCUAGUGCCUCAAGCCGACCUGGGUGAUCACAUAUCGAAGUGCAAGGACAAAGGGUUCAUUGAGCAUGAUAUAGCGUACUGUUCCACUGGCUUCCAGAGAGAUCAGGUGAAUGCUGCGAGCACAUGGCAGGCACCUCCGUGUGCUGAAGACUGGGAAACAGAGUUGCUAGAGCAGCCACAUUCCCCUUUUGUUUGGGGCACGACCAACUCUGGCAUAAACAGUUGCAGUGCCACUUCUGGACAAAAGAAUUACCUGCCUUCAAGUGUACGUGCACCUGAGUCCUUCCCAUAUACUGCAUCAUGGAAAGGCUAAAGCAUCGUGAUCAUGUCAUUGCAGCUUCAAGCCAUAAGCCGUCACUUUGUCAUGUGGGCGCAUGGUGUUUCAGUUCAUACAAUAAUGGGGAAUCCUCUGUGAAUUCCUUACAACAGGCAAUUAUAAUGUGCAACCAUUACAACAUGCAGCUAUGUGGUCCUUACAAUAUGCAUGUACACAGCUGAAAUCUAGACAGUAAACUUAAGUAUUUAUCUAGUUUCCAUUACAGUUUUGCAGUUCUUAUUUAGAGAAAUGUUUUCUAACACUUAGGGCAUGUUUGAAAACUCUAAUAUAACUGUUCUUUCCUGAGAGUGGGAAAAAGUUUAGUUCACUAUCAAUACAUCUAGGACUGUGGAGUUGUUUGGAUUAAAGCAGCCUGUUUCUAAAAAAUCUAACUUACAAAAAAAAAAAAAAAAAAAAAAAAA